AUGGAGGCGCAACACUCUUCCGGCGCACCUGCCACCUCAGGCGACGGCCUGCAGCUCAAAAACCGCCUGAAUGAGUCGCGGAGCCCGUAUGUGCGCGGUCACAUGAACAAUCCUGUCGCAUGGCAGCAAUGGGGCCCAGAAGCACUGGAGUUAGCCAAGAAGUCCAACAGACUCAUCUUCAUAAGCAUCGGAUACGCGGCUUGUCACUGGUGUCACGUCAUGGAGCGGGAGUCGUUCGAGAACCAGGAAGUCGCGGACAUCCUGAACAAGAACUUCAUACCUAUCAAGAUCGAUCGGGAAGAGCGCCCCGAUAUUGACCGCAUAUACAUGAACUAUGUUCAAGCUACCACAGGCGGCGGGGGGUGGCCGCUGAACGCUUUCAUCACACCUGACCUCGAGCCGAUCUUCGGCGGAACAUAUUGGCCAGGACCAGAAUCUACUAUGGCUAUGGAGGGCCACCCUGGGUUCGUUGGUAUACUCGAGAAGAUCAGGGAUGUAUGGCAGAACCAGCGACAAAGAUGUCUAGACUCGGCGAAGGAGAUCACAGCCCAGCUUCGAGACUUUGCAGAGGACGGAAAUAUUAGCAGGAAGGACGGCGCGGAGCAUGAUCACCUCGACUUGGAUCUUCUCGAUGACGCUUAUGAGGUUUGUGAAGCUGACGGACCACAGCACUUCAAGCGACGCUACGACCAGGCUCACGCAGGUUUUGGAAGCGCACCAAAGUUCCCAACGCCCUCGAACCUUCACUUCCUCCUCAAGCUGAACACGUACCCGAAGCAGACCGCUCAGAUUCUCACAGCCGAAGACAUCUCCAAUGCGCAGAAAAUGGUACUUGCGACCCUGGACAAGAUGAACAAGGGCGGCAUACAUGACCAGAUAGGCAACGGUUUCGCGCGCUACUCAGUAACGAAAGACUGGAGCCUACCGCAUUUCGAAAAGAUGCUCUACGACCAGGCGCAAUUGCUACCUGUAUAUCUGGACGCUUACCUGGCGACCAAGAGACCGGAGAUGCUGGAAGCCGUCCACGACAUUGCGACGUAUCUGACAACUCCGCCCAUGCAAGCCGAAAGCGGCGGAUUCUUCUCCUCCGAGGAUGCAGACUCACUAUACAGACCGUCAGACAAGGAGAAGCGAGAGGGCGCCUUCUACGUCUGGACACUGAAAGAGUUCCAGGAGAUUCUUGGUGAUCGCGAUGCCGAAAUUCUGGCACGAUACUACAACGUCCGGGACGAAGGCAAUGUAGCACCCGAACAUGAUGCGCACGACGAGCUCAUCAACCAGAACGUACUAGCCAUCAACAAUAACACUCCCACAGACGUCGCGAAACAGUUCGCACUAUCGGAAGAUGAGUUACAGAGCAUACUCCGCAGCGGUCGGCAAAAACUGCUCGACCACCGCAACAAAGAGCGUCCACGGCCUGCCCUCGACGACAAAAUCGUCGUGUCAUGGAACGGCCUAGCAAUCGGCGCAUUAGCAAGAACAGCCGCCGCAAUCUCCGCGCAAGAUCCUUCACGUUCCUCGCAAUACCUAGCUGCCGCCGAAAAAGCCGCGCACUUCAUCCAAAAAGAACUCUAUAACCCGACCUCCAAGACUCUCACGCGCGUUUACCGCGAAGGUCCAGGCGACGCCCCCGGCUUCGCCGACGACUACGCCUACCUGAUCUCGGGCCUCAUCGACCUCUACGAAGCAACCUUCAACCCAUCAAACCUGCAAUGGGCCGAUGAACUGCAACAAACCCAGCUUAGCAUGUUCUGGGACAAGCAACAUUUGGGCUUCUUCUCGACGCCGGAGAACCAGACGGAUCUUAUCAUGCGGCUGAAAGACGGCAUGGACAACGCUGAACCAGGCACAAACGGCGUGUCAGCGCGGAAUUUAGAUCGGCUUGGGGCGCUGCUCGAAGACGCUGAAUACGUGAAGAAAGCAAGAGAUACGGUCAGUGCUUUUGAGGCGGAAAUCAUGCAGCAUCCAUUCUUGUUCCCGAGUAUGCUUGAUGCGGUGGUUGCGGGGAAACUGGGCAUGCGACAUGUGGUUGUCACGGGCAAAGGGGAGAAGGCUGAGCAGUGGCUUAGGCGGUAUCGUGAGAGGCCUGCGGGAUUGAGCACGAUUAGUCGUGUUGAUACGGAUUUGGGAGAUUGGUUGAAGCAGCGUAAUCCGCUUGUAAAGAGUAUGGAUGCGGGACGAGAGGGCGUAAUGGUGUGUGAGAAUGGAGCAUGCAAAGAUGGUUUGACCAUGGGUAUGGGAGAGCUCGAGGAUGUGGUGCCGCAGUUAUGA